AAUCGAAAUUACAAACAACAAACAAGCACUCUAGAAAGAAGAAGAGAGAAAACGAAUUAAUCGAUUAGCGAAGAGUAAAGAAAAAUGCAGACAGGAAAGGACGCAGCAUCUGCAGCCAAAGCUGGCAUGGAGAAGACUAAAGCCAAUCUUCAAGAGAAGGGUGAGAAGAUGACAACGAGGGAUCCAUUGAAGAAAGAGAUGGCAACGGAGAAGAAAGAGGAUAGGGUUGCAGCGGCGGAGAUGGAGAAGAGAGAUGCUAAAGCACAGCAUGCAGCUGCAAAACAAGGAGGAGCUACAACUGGAACUGGAACUGGAACUGGUUAUGGUGCCACCACUGGCGAUCAUACCACUUUUUAGAAAGAAAAAAGCUAGUUACUUUUAAUUUUGGUGUUUUUUUUUUGUUUUGUUAUUGGGGAGGGAUGUGAUUCACACUUUUUGUGUGGGUGUUGGCUUUUAAGAUUGACACCAAAUUAAAUAAAUAAAGUGGUACUCUUCCUAUAUUUAAAAA